UGACUGUAAGAAACGAUGCGUGUCGUGACGUCAUCGGGUCCACUUACUCAGCUCCAGUACGUGGCGGACUACUUUAUUACGCGGAGGCGCACCAGUCCUGAAUGCGGCGCCACAGGAAGGAAGUCCGGCACUGAAGGGAAAGGCGUCUGGUUGCCGCCGCGCAACGAGUCGCCUUUAUUAAAGCAGCGACCAGUCCCCCAUUCAUCCGCGAUGUCUGGCGUGGUGAGAGGCCCGGCAGGGAACAACGACUGCCGAAUCUACGUAGGCAACCUUCCCCCUGAUAUUCGCACGAAAGACGUGGAGGAGGUGUUCUACAAGUACGGCGCCAUUCGGGAUAUCGACCUGAAAAACAGACGAGGUGGACCGCCGUUCGCUUUCAUUGAGUUCGAAGACCCAAGGGAUGCCGGCGAUGCAGUCUAUGGCCGGGAUGGAUACGACUACGACGGCUACAGGCUCCGUGUCGAGUUCCCCCGGAGCAACAGGGGCGCCGGUAGAGGCAGUUUCAGCGGGGGCGGUGGAGCCGGUGGAGCCCCGAGAGGCCGCUAUGGUCCUCCAUCCAGGCGCUCCGAGUACAGAGUUGUAGUGUCCGGUCUCCCUCAGAGUGGCAGCUGGCAGGACCUGAAGGACCACAUGCGUGAAGCAGGGGACGUGUGCUACGCCGACGUCUACAGAGAUGGAACCGGUGUUGUAGAGUUUGUGCGCAAGGAAGAUAUGACCUAUGCCGUUCGAAAGCUGGACAACUCCAAAUUCCGCUCGCACGAGGGAGAGACGGCUUACGUUCGCGUGAAAGUAGACGGUCCCCGCAGCCCCAGUUACGGAAGAUCCCGCUCCCGCAGCCAUGGCAGCAGAAGCCGCAGUCGCAGCAUCAGCCGGAGCCGCAGCGAUUCUCGAGGCCGCGACAGAGCAUCGCCACGCUACUCGCCUCGUCCCAGCCGCUCUCGAUCCCGCUCUCGCUCCUAAAAACUGAUGUUUUCUCCUUCCCUCCCAUCUUGAUGUACCCAACGUUGACACAAUCUUCCCACUGUUUUUACCUCAUGAGAUCUCAGCUGUUGUUUUUUUAUUUUGGUCCUGGUGUGCUUGUGGAUGAGCUUGGUAUGUAGAUGUACCCCUUCCCUUCCUCCUCCUCCUCUUUUCUUUCUUCCCUUUUGUCUUCUCUGCUUUUUUUCCUUUAAAAUGUGCUGAGCUUCAAAAAUGUUGAGUUGUAAAGCAAACUCAAUGUUUUUGUAAGUUGUUUUAUUGUUUUUUUUAUACUAGAUGCUUCUCAUUGGGUAUUUGUGGGAGGACUGUUUGGACAAAGCCCAACAUUUAACUGUAUUUUACCUUGUGUCUUCCUUUAGACAUCUGAAGAGAAGGAUUAAAGUGAUUUGGAAUAAAA